ACCACUUGAUGUGUGCUAAAGAACUGCUAUGUGGAGUAGAUGAGGUCGAGAGAGCCUUAAGUGACUUCUGCCGGAUCACUGAAACAGGUCUCACCAGCGAUGCUCUGCUCAUGAAUUGCUUAUGCUUAGGACUGCAUUCCCAAGGAGCUUGUCCGUCGUGCAUUAAAGAAAUGUUCGAUGUUUAACGCACUUCAUGUCACUGAAGACGAGCUCCUCUGGCAGGAUAUCUCUCACAAGAGACUCUUUGAGGAACGUGCGACAGACAACUAUGAGUAAAUAGUGAAACGAACAGACAACGACGAACAAUUAGUGAAAUGCUAUAGGCAAUGACUAAACAGUGAAGUACAGUGGAAAUAAAUGCGUACAGUUGUGAUGUGUGGUGCGCGACAUGGUGCGGUGAUCGGGACGGUCAGGAGCAGACGACAAGGAGUGCGCGCGCCGAGGCAAAUUCCGUGCUGGAAGGUGAAAAACGACGACGCCGAAGAACGUCCGGCACGUGAACGCGCGGCGCAAGAAAAACAUCUAAAAGAAGAAAAGCAAACCAAUUAGGAAAGACCGCGGGGCGUCAGGCAGCCAAUCGGAGAAUGCCUAAUCGGCCAGAGAAAAGAAAAAGCGUGGUGCGCUGGCAGAAGUGGGAGACGCAUGGGAGACGCCAGGAGAGUUCCAGAAGCGACACAAAGAGCAGGUCAACCAGCGGAGCGGGCGUUGAAGACGGGCCGUCGGGUUCCGGACCCGAGCCACCAGGACUUCACCCGACCGGGGCCCCCUGCCAACCUGUUCCUGUGCGUCGCCCGUCUACCCGAGCGUGCCGUCAGCUCCUCAAAGCCGGUGAGCUUCUGUGCUCGUGGGCACGACGAGAACAAUCGGGCUACGGGCCCGAGUUCUACGCCAGCUGCCCGGCCAGAACGCCGCCCCCGUCUGUCGUGCCGCCUGCUGCCCGAGGCCGGCGUUCGAGUUUCUGUGCCCGUGGGCAGGACAAGAGCAGUCGGGCUACGGGCCUGAGCUCUACACCCAGCUGCCCGGCCAGAACGCCGCCGCCGUCUGCUUGUGCCACCAAGCCGCCUGCUUUACCUCUCCAAGCCAGAGCUGGCGCGCUCCGGUCGCCCGGUCAGUCAACUUACACCACGACCUUUGGUGAGACCGGCGCAACUCCUUGCGUCAAUUUGUCGCCGCGUCUCCGCAUCGAGACUGGGCCUCUUCGAUUUUCGGAGUUCUGGGAGCCCGCUGGCAGCCAGACGGCAGCCAGCUAGUUCCGGUUCUGAGAGGAAAUUGCGUCAUUGUCAGGUGGGCUGAAAUUUGAAGGCGAGCCUCAGUUCGUAAAAUCGAAUGCCGCGGAAGGAGCGCCGGCGUCGUCUGCUCGCCGGCGUCGUCUGCUCGCUUGCGCGUUCUCCGCGUGUAAACAUGAUUGCCGAAGAACUCCUCCGAGUGGCUACAUCGCUGUUCAGCCUGCUUUUCGCGAGACCAUCCCGUAAUGACAACGCCGACGAAGAUUUCAUCGAUGAUGAGUUCGCAUUAGUUCACCAUUUAACCAAGCUGCAAAGACAGGAUCGGCACAGGGUGCCUUUGUACGUUGAAAGUGUCGUGCCAAUGUACCUGGAAUUUGAGUUUAAGAAGUUGUUCCGGCUCUCAAGAAGCACGUGUGGAGCCCUGGUCGAGGAGUUCGAGGCGUCGAGCUACUACCCAGAAGGUACCCGAGGACGUCCCCGAAUUUCGGCCGAGAAAACGGUUCUUAUUGCGCUAACCUACAUAGCCACGCAACAAACUAUGUAUCACAUUGCCGACAAGUUCGAUGUCAGCGAAUCAACCGUCCACGCUGCACUUAACCGUGUCUUGGAUUUCAUCUUCUCCAUAAGUGCGAGAGAAGUCUGCUGGCCUGACCGCGACGAAAAGGAGCGGAGCAAGCGGGCGUUCAUGGGGUUGGUUCGUCGCAGGUCGGGACUCCCGGACGUUAUCGGUGCCAUCGAUGGAUGUCACGUCCGCAUUUCUAGGCCGUCGGAGUCUGAGCAAAGUUAUUACAACAGGAAGAAAUUCCACUCGAUAAUUCUUCAGGGGGUCUGCAAUGCAGAUAUGCUGUUCAUCGAUGUGUUCAUCGGAAUUCCCGGGAGCGCCCACGAUGCUCGUGUUCUCCGGGACAGCUUCGUGUACGACGAAGCACCGGCCAAUUGCGAAGGAGGCUAUCUGUUGGGGGACGCUGCAUAUCCUUUAACGACGUGGUUGCUGCCACCCUACCGCCAGACUACGGCGAACUGGCAGCCGUGGAUGAGUGCCUUCAACUACGCGCACAGUAAGCAGCGAGUAGUAAUUGAGGGGGCCUUUGGAAUCCUCAAAGCGCGGUUCCAGCGGCUGCUAUAUAUUGAUGUCGGCAGCAUCAAGCAGGCGGUACAGAUUGUUCUUGCAGCCUGUGUGCUGCACAACAAGGCUCGACGUUGCGGCGACGUCGUGGAGGAUCUCGAGGCGAGCGACAGCGGUACUCGUCUGCUGAACCCGCCGAAGGCGAUGACGCACCAGCCCUGUCGGCAGCAGCCUUCCGCGAUAGCAUCGCCCAGAGCCUCUAAAUCACGACCUACUGUAUAAGGGUUCGUUCGCAAAGGUUAUUUACACUUGUGGCUUGACUGUGAUUUAUAUUUUACUGUACGCAUGGCACACACACAUAUACGUUUCGUUUUUUCAGUAUCCGUCCACUUGCGUGCCUCUUUUUUUUCUUUUUGCUUUUAUUCUCACGCAUUGAUCAAUCGAAACCAAUAUAAUUUUCAUAUAUGCUCCUGUUUUAUAUACCUGCACUAGCUCUUUAAUAUUCACGUGUCUUGUGCAGAAAUUUAAUCAUAUAUACUUCCAACUUCAUUGUAUGCUUACUUUUGUAAUGUCGAGCGCACAUGUGUAUGUACUUUUUGUUGCUUGUUCACUUCAUCCUCAAGAGAUAUUACUCUUUUGAUAUAUGCAACUAAUUAAGAGUCUUUCAUUGUUUGUAUACAUUCUAGUAUUUUCGUGUGAUUACUGUGCCAUUGUGUUACACAAUUUGUGCACCCUUUUGAUAAGUAAUUAACAAUUUGAUUUACUAUUCAUCCGAGCACACAUUAUGCCUGCAACCUGGGGUUGUUUACUACAUGCUACAUCUUGGAGUACAUGGAUGUGAUGUUCCCUUUUUGAAAUGCAGUCAGUUUUUAUUCUCUUAAUGAUAAAAAUAACCUUUAUGGCUCUUCUGAACCAGGCCUGUAUUGAUGAUGCUCAGUAACUACAAUAAAUAUACUUUGCACUUGU